UGGGUGUGGCUCACCUUUUCUUUUGCUUGUCAUCAGAAAAUGGCAACUGGUGGAGGCUCUAGUACUAGUAGUUUAGGCGGAAGAGAAGGGAGAGAGAGGAGAGGGAACGGUCUAAUAAGGAGUAGUAGCUCACCAGCAGAAGUACCAGUAAGGCAAAGGAUAUACGCUUCUUUCUAUAGGUUUAGAUACGGAUGGAGCUUUAAUUCAACUAUUCAAUUUAGUAAUAAUUCUCCUGUACUAGUGUUAGGAAAACUGUACAUACCGGAGAGAGACACAAAGCCACAAAGUGAAGGGAUACCUCGUCACAUCCUAAUGUUCAUGGAUCACUUCUACUCUCUCCCCUGGAUGACAUACAGGUGUGGUUUCUCUCCAAUCCUCUCGUCGUCCCUGACAACCGACUGCGGCUGGGGCUGCAUGGUAAGGUCAGGUCAGAUGCUACUAGCUACUGUCCUUCAUCUUCAUUUCCUUGGCAGAGAUUGGAGACUAUCCAGUUCAGACGUAACAGGACACAAAAUACACAGACAAAUCUUGUCCUGGUUCGGUGACUCAGAGUCUGAGCUAUGUCCUUUCUCAAUACACAGGUUGAUGGAGGCCGCCUAUUACCAUGGCAACAAGCCAGGUGAUUGGUUCGGCCCGUCACAAGUCUCAAUAUUGAUAAGGGAUUGUGUUCGCCGGGCUCUACGAGAACACAUCAACUUACAAAAACUCAACAUUUACGUGUCACACGAUUGUACAGUAUAUAUUAAAGAUGUUCAGGAUAUAUUUGAAUCAGAUCUGGAUCAGUCGCUAUUAGUACUGGUGCCAGUUAGACUGGGCAGCGAAUCACUUAACCCCAUCUAUAUACCCUGCGUUAAGGCUCUGUUAGCUCUGGAUCACACUGUUGGUAUUAUUGGUGGUAGACCAAAGCAUUCCGUCUUCUUCAUUGGUUUCCAAGAUGAGAAUCUGAUUCAUCUUGAUCCUCACUAUUCACAAACAGCUGUCAACAUGACGAGAACCGAUUUUGAUGUUUCUUCGUAUCACUGUCGGUCUCCUAAGAAGAUUCCCGUUACAAAAAUGGAUCCUUCCUGUACCCUGGGUUUUUACUGUCACACGCUGGAGGACUUCAACCAUUUUAGAAUUGAAGCUGAGAAAGUGCUAGCUCCACCAAUGCAAAAGGGUCAGUAUCCAUUCUUCACAUUUUCAAACACUCGGCAAAAAGAGAUCAUUUCCCCAGAGAUCAGUAUGAUGGAUACCAGCGCCCUCAGUCUCAUCAGUUCUAACGGAACACUUGACCUGAUAGAGUCCACCUGGUCUGAAGCCGAUGAUUUUGUAGUACUGGAAUGUAUUAAUGAAGAUGUGCCUGGAUAGAAGAAGCCAUUUUGUUUUAGCCGUGUUAUAUAUCUUUAUCGAACUACAAUUAUAUUAUAUUAAAUGUA